CUCGCACAGUUCCUCCGGCCCUUAUAAAGCUACCAACGCAGGCGUGUCGUCUCCUGGCAGCUCGUCUUUUCGUUGAUGGUUAGACUCUGCGAGAGGAGGAUGAAGUUCCUUGUGGCAGCCACGGUCAUCGUGGGUUCCGUGAUUUUCCUCGCCUUCCCCAGCGGCUCUUCCGCUGAUGAGAAGAAGAAAGGCCCCAAAGUAACCGCUAAGGUCUACUUUGACAUGAGGAUCGGGGGUGAGGACAUUGGGAGGAUAGUAAUUGGGGUGUUCGGAAAGACUGUUCCCAAAACGGUGGAGAACUUUGUCACGUUGGCAACCGGCGAGAAAGGAUUUGGCUACCAGGGCAGCAAGUUCCAUCGUGUCAUCAAGCAGUUCAUGAUUCAAGGAGGAGACUUCACCAAAGGAGACGGAACUGGAGGCAAGAGCAUCUACGGCGACCGCUUCCCCGACGAGAACUUCAAGCUGAAGCAUUACGGCCCCGGCUGGCUCAGCAUGGCCAACGCCGGCAAAGACACCAACGGCUCGCAGUUCUUCAUCACCACGGUGCAGACCCCCUGGCUGGACGGCAGGCACGUGGUCUUUGGCAAAGUGCUGGAGGGAAUGGACGUGGUGAAGAAGAUUGAAGAAACCAAGACCGACGGACGAGACAAGCCUCUCCAAGACGUCGUCAUCCACGAAUGCGGCAAGUUGGACGUGGACGAACCAUUCGCUGUGCCCAAAGAGUAGAUGGUGGACCGGGAACACGAGAACACUUCUUUUGACAGGUGGGGCGGGGGAGUGAACAUGCAGGCCACCAUGUUUUGUGUCCUUAUGUCCUGGAAAAUACGCUUUGGAUCAAAAUGAACACACUCACCAUCAAGCAUUCCAAGGUCAUCUUUGUUUUUUGUAAAGAAAGAAAUAAAGUUUCCAGGUUUUUCUUAAA